UAAAUGGAAAAAAAAAAAAACAGAAUGUAUAUAGAAUACCUAAAUUCUGAAACGUAGCAACUCCGUCAGGCAUUUGCAUUUUUCUGCGAACACGGGCAAUGGAGGAACUACUGAACUACCGAUUUAAUAAUACGAAGCUUCUAGAAGAAGCUCUUACUCAUUCUUCCUUCUCUAAUUCAGUUUCUAAUUUCAACCGGCUCGCGUUCAUCGGCGACGCGGCUCUCGGCUUAGCCAUUUCCAGUUAUUUCUUCUCUACUUAUCCUGACAUUGACUGUGGUAAGCUUACUGACUUACGCGCCGCCAAUGUUAGCACUGAAAAACUUGCUAGAGUUGCCGUACGUCACGGCCUUUAUAACUAUCUCCGCCACAAUUCAGCAAUACUUGAUGAAAAGCUUGUGCGCACAUCGACUAAUGCCACAGGAUACCUGCCACCUCCCACCAGCAACACGUACAAGGUGAAGGAAUUCGUGAUAACAGUGCAACAGGAGGAGAAGAUGGAGUUCUAUGGAGGAGACAUAAAAGCGCCAAAGGUUCUUGCAGACAUUGUGGAGUCAAUAAUGGGGGCUGUAUAUUUGGAUUGUGGCUUUGAUGUGAAUGCUCUAUGGAUGAUCUUUAGACGCCUACUAGAGCCUAUCAUCAUGCUGAAUGUGUUGGAAGAACAACCACAGCCUGUAACAAUGCUGUUUGGACUUAGCAAAAAGGAUGGAAAACAAGUUGAUGUAGAACAUCGGAGAGAGGGAGAUAAAAACAUAGCUAGCGUCUAUCUUGAUGGACAAUUUAUUGCAUCAGCUUCUUCUGAGCACAAAGAAAUUGCAAAGCUUCAAGUGGCAAAGGCUGCUCUUAAGGAGUUAUUCUAUAACCCUUAUGAUAAGAUGGAUGUUGAAUUUGUUCCAUUCCAGAGAAAAAAGAGGGAUGUUGAAUCUAUUCCAUUUCAGAAAAGAAGAUGGAUGUUGAAUUUGACACGACAAAAGAGAGUGAAGGAGCAAAGCAGAAGCUGAACGAGCUUUGCGGAAGAACGAAAUGGCCCAAACCAACUUACAG